ACGGCUGGCCUACUAUUUGCCACUAUGUAUAGCCACUCUAUGUUGCACAACGAAGGGCCCGUCGCCAGUGCUGUCGAAAGUGACACGGAUGCAGACUUGCUGCUGUGGCAUCGUUUUCAUUCCCUGUACGGCUUUGAAGAGGAGCCCAAGGAGAUAAAAGCUGCGGUGCUGGCAGUGAAGCGUUACCAAGGUGCAAAUAUCCGAGAUCUCCAAUCUCGUCGCCAAUUACUUUCUCGCCUGCUUGGGGAUGGCUGUGCGUUGCGUUUAUGGCGAGGACCAAUGGAUGACCAAUGCGAUGAGUGGACUCGCGUGAUCAAAACAGUCGCUCAAUGCUCGCACAGGCAGCUGAAAGCUAUAAAAGUAUAGCCACUAUUAGUAUCAGCUGCUGCUCAAGGUCGGGAGAAGGGUAACGGACUGCUAGGACGCUCGACCUCCUGAAGUGCUUCCAAAGGGCACAAUCCAUUCGAACCAUUCCCGCAUUUGGACGAACAAUGUGCAAGUGCUUUUAGAGACGAGGGCGGGAACUGUAGGCCCCCAGAGCUUGGAAUGGGAGGGCGCCAGUACGAGCUAAGGGGCAUUAGGAUGCUUUCU